AUGGCAGAGCGGAAAGUUCUUGUUCUUUUUGGCAGCCAGACUGGGACGGCUGAAGAUACAGCCGAGAGAAUUGGUAGAGAGGCCAAGCGACGGCACUUCCAGUGCAGAGUGGAGGCACUGGAUAGCUAUGAUGUGGCCAACCUCAUCAAUGAGCCCUUGGUGGUAUUUGUCUGUGCAACCACUGGCCAGGGUGACCCACCUGACAACAUGAAGGCCUUCUGGCGGUUUCUGUUCCGGAAGAACCUUCCCCCCUCCUCGCUCUGCCAGCUGGACUACGCCGUGCUGGGCCUUGGCGACUCCUCCUACCCCAAGUUUAAUUUCGUUGCAAAGAAGCUGCACAAACGACUGCUACAGCUUGGGGGCAGCCCUCUGCUGCCAGUGGCACUGGGAGAUGACCAGCAUGACUUGGGGCCAGAUGCAGUGAUUGAUCCAUGGCUCCUGGCCUUAUGGGACAAGAUCCUUGCCUUGUAUCCUCUCCCUCCUGGCCUUGAGAUCAUCAGUCCAGACAUAUGCCUGCCCCCUAAGUACACUCUGCACUACCUGGCCGAGGACUCUCCGUGCCCCGCGGGGGCCCUGCAGGCGCCGGCGGCUCCCCGGGCGGUGCCCUGCCAGCAGCGCCCCCUGGCGGCCCGCAUGGUGGCCAACCGCAGGCUGACAGCAGAGGCUCACUUCCAGGACGUCAGGCUCAUCGAGUUCGACAUCGCCGGCUCGGCCAUCACGUUCUCUGCAGGGGACGUGGUGAUGAUCCAGCCCCAGAACUGCCCUGAGGACGUGCAGCAGUUCUGCCAGCUCCUGCGCCUCCAGCCAGACAGACUCUUUGUGCUGAAGCCCACGGAGCCUGGUACAGCCCUGCCUGCCCUCCUGCCUCAGCCCUGCACCAUCAGGCACCUGGUCACACACUACCUGGACAUCUCCUGCGUGCCACGCCGCUCCUUCUUCCACCUCCUGUCCUUCUUCUCCACCAACCACCUGGAGAGGGAGAAGCUGCAGGAGUUCAGCUCUGCCCAGGGCCAGGAGGAGCUCUACAGCUACUGCAACCGGCCCCGCAGGACCACGCUGGAGGCCCUCUGGGACUUCCCUCACACCACCUGUGCCAUUCCACCUGACUACCUACUGGACCUCAUCCCACGCAUCAGACCCAGGGCCUUCUCCAUUGCCUCCUCCCUGCUGGCUCACCCUGACCGGAUCCAGAUCCUCAUGGCAGUGGUGCAGUACAAGACACGGCUCAGCAAACCCCGACGUGGGCUCUGCUCCACCUGGCUGGCUUCCCUCAACCCAGAGCAAGGUGAGGUCCGGGUGCCUCUUUGGGUGAAGAAAGGAGGAAUGAAGUUCCCAGCUGACCCUGACAGCCCUGUGAUCAUGAUUGGCCCUGGCACGGGGGUGGCACCUUUCCGAGCAGCCAUACAGGAGCGGGUGGCACAGGGCAAGAGAGGGAACUACCUCUUCUUCGGCUGCCGCCAGCGAGCCAAGGACUUCUAUUGCCAGGAAGACUGGGAAGAGCUGGUGGCAAAGGGCUUCCUGACUCUCUUCACAGCCUUCUCCAGGGACCAGCCUCCUCCUUGCUGUGUUUCCGUGCAGGAGGAGAAGGUUUAUGUCCAGCACCGCAUCCGGGAGAACUGCAGGCUGGUGUGGGAGCUGCUGAGCUGCAGCAGUGCUCACCUCUACCUGGCUGGGAAUGCCAAGCAGAUGCCAGGGGCGGUGGCUGAAGCUCUGCAGUGGGUGUUGCAGGUGGAAGGUGGCCUCUCAGCCUCCCAAGCAGAGGAGCAUUUAGCAGCCCUGGAACGGUCCCAGCGCUUCCAGUCUGAGACCUGGUCAUGA